GCCCCGCCGCGAGCUCGCUUGCAGCCCGACGGCACAUGUGUUUCUGUUUUGUGUUGUAGCAUUUGUUCUGGAAGCUCGUAUUUACAUUUUAAGUGUAUCUGGUGAGUGGGCAGCAGCCCUUGUCUAGGCCGGGAAAGAAAAAGCAAGCCCUCCGGGUCGGCUUUGAAUUGUUCCUCUUUCAUUUUUUUCACCGGUUUCUCAUCACUCCAGCCAGCCGCGACGAUGCCCAGGAAGAAGGCGGCGGCCUGGGAAGAGCCGAGCUCGGGCAACGGCACGGCCCGCGCCGGGCCCAGGAAGCGCGGCGGCCCGGCGGGCAGGAAACGCGAGCGGCCGGAGCGCUGCAGUAGCAGCAGCGGCGCCGGCAGCAGCGGCGACGAGGACGGCCUGGAGCUCGACGGGGCCCCCGGUGGGGGCAAGCGCGCCGCGCGGCCGGCGGCCGGCAAGACGGGCAGCGCGGCGUUGGUCAUCACCGAGCCCGAGCACACCAAGGAGCGCGUUAAACUUGAAGGGUCUAAGUGCAAAGGGCAGCUUUUGAUUUUUGGGGCAACCAACUGGGACUUGAUUGGUCGAAAAGAAGUGCCUAAACAACAAGCUGCUUACCGUAAUCUAGGUCAGAAUUUGUGGGGGCCCCACAGGUAUGGGUGCCUGUCGGGAGUCCGAGUCCGGACAGUGGUUUCAGGUUCAUGUGCUGCGCACAGUCUCCUCAUCACCACAGAAGGGAAGCUGUGGAGCUGGGGUCGAAAUGAGAAGGGGCAGCUGGGACAUGGUGACACCAAGAGAGUGGAAGCCCCCAAACUCAUUGAAGGGCUCAGCCACGAAGUGAUUGUGUCAGCUGCGUGUGGGCGGAACCACACCCUGGCCUUGACAGAAACGGGCUCCGUGUUUGCCUUUGGGGAGAACAAGAUGGGGCAGCUGGGACUCGGCAAUCAGACAGACGCCGUUCCCAGCCCUGCACAGAUAAUGUACAACGGCCAGCCAAUUACCAAAAUGGCCUGUGGGGCUGAAUUCAGUAUGAUAAUGGACUGCAAAGGAAACCUCUAUUCCUUUGGGUGCCCUGAAUAUGGUCAGCUUGGACACAACUCCGACGGGAAGUUCAUUGCCCGGGCUCAGCGGAUAGAGUAUGACUGUGAGCUUGUGCCCCGCCGAGUUGCCAUCUUCAUUGAGAAGACAAAAGACGGGCAGAUUUUGCCAGUCCCAAACGUGGUUGUGCGAGAUGUAGCCUGUGGUGCUAACCAUACGCUGGUCCUGGACUCCCAGAAGCGUGUCUUCUCCUGGGGCUUUGGUGGCUAUGGCCGACUUGGCCACGCAGAGCAGAAGGAUGAGAUGGUCCCCCGCCUGGUGAAGCUGUUUGAUUUCCCUGGGCGUGGCGCGUGCCAGAUUUAUGCUGGUUACACCUGCUCCUUCGCUGUCAGCGAAGUGGGUGGUCUGUUUUUCUGGGGUGCCACCAACACAUCUCGGGAGUCCACCAUGUAUCCAAAGACAGUGCAGGACCUCUGUGGCUGGAAAAUUCGGAGCCUGGCCUGUGGGAAAAGCAGCAUCAUCGUGGCCGCUGACGAGAGCACCAUCAGCUGGGGCCCUUCUCCGACCUUUGGAGAGCUGGGCUAUGGGGAUCAUAAGCCCAAGUCAUCCACCGCAGCCCAGGAGGUGAAGACACUGGAUGGUAUUUUCACAGAGCAGGUCGCGAUGGGCUAUUCUCACUCCCUGGUGAUAGCGAGAGAUGAAGGGGAAACGGAGAAGGAGAAGAUCAAGAAACUGCCAGAGUAUAAUCCCCGAACCCUCUGAGGCUCUGGAGUCUCCUCCACAUCCACACCUCUCGCGGCAGCUGUCAUUCCAUGUGCACUGGGACGGGAAGUCAGACAAGCAGUUUAGAAAAGGCAAAAGU